UAUUGCAGGGACCUAGUCUGGGAUAGGGAAGCAGGAUGUCACAGCUGAGCCUGUCCCGCCUGGGACUGGGGCCUGAGGUGGUCUCCCCAUGGCAGCUCCUGCUGCUGGCUGGGGCCCUCUGGCUCCUGGCCCGAAUUCUGACCCAGAUCUAUGCUACCUAUGGGAACUACCGUCACCUCCGUGGUUUCCCUCAGCCUCCCAAAAGGAACUGGCUUAUGGGCCAUGUGGGCAUGGUCACACCUACAGAGCAGGGCAUGAAGACACUGACCCAGCUGAUAGUCACCUACCCCCACGGCUUUAUGAUGUGGAUGGGCCCAAUGUUCCCCAUCAUCACUCUGUGCCACUCUGACAUCGUCCGAUCUGUCCUCAAUGCCUCAGCUGCAGUUUCUCUCAAGGAUGUGAUAUUCUACAGCUUUCUGAAACCUUGGCUGGGGGAUGGGCUCCUGCUGAGUGCUGGUGACAAGUGGAGCCGCCACCGGCGGAUGUUGACACCUGCCUUCCAUUUCAACAUCCUGAAGCCGUAUGUGAAGAUUUUCAAUGACAGCACCAACAUCAUGCACGCCAAAUGGCAGCACAUGAUCUCCAAAGGCAGCGCCCGUCUGGACAUGUUUGAACAUGUCAGCCUCAUGACUCUAGACAGUCUGCAGAAAUGUGUCUUCAGUUUUAACAGCAACUGUCAGGAGAAGCCUAGUGACUAUAUUGCUGCCAUCUUGGAGCUCAGUGCUCUAGUGGUCAAAAGGCACCAACAGCCUCUGCUGUACAUUGACCUGCUGUACAAUCUCACCCCCGAUGGGAUGCGCUUCCGUAAGGCCUGCAACUUGGUGCAUAAAUUCACUGAUGCUGUCAUCCAGAAGCGGCGCUGCACCCUCCCAGAUCAGGGUUUGGAUGAUUUCCUAAAGUCCAAGGCUGAGAACAAGACUUUGGAUUUCAUUGAUGUGCUGCUGUUGGUCAAGGAUGAAGAUGGAAAGGAGCUGUCAGAUGAGGACAUCCGAGCAGAGGCUGACACCUUCAUGUUUGAGGGCCAUGACACUACAGCCAGUGGGCUCUCCUGGGUCCUGUACAACUUGGCAAAGCACCCAGAGUACCAGGAGCGCUGCCGGCAGGAGGUGCAGGAGCUGCUGAGGGACCGAGAGCCUGAGGAGAUUGAAUGGGACGACCUGAACCAGAUGCCCUUCCUGACCAUGUGCAUCAAGGAGAGUAUGCGGCUGCAUCCCCCGGUCCCUGUCAUCUCCCGAUGCUGCACUCAGGACGUUGUGCUCCCAGAUGGCCGGGUCAUCCCUAAAGGUGUCGCCUGCCUCAUCAGCAUCUUUGGGAUUCAUCACAACCCAUCUGUGUGGCCGGACCCUGAGGUCUAUGACCCCUUCCGCUUUGACCCUGAAAACAUCAAAGACAGGUCACCUCUGGCAUUUAUUCCCUUCUCAGCAGGGCCCAGGAACUGCAUAGGACAGACUUUCGCCAUGAACGAGAUGAAGGUGGUGCUGGCGCUCACUCUGCUGCGCUUCCGCCUCCUGCCUGAUGACAAGGAGCCGCGCAGGCAGCCGGAGCUGAUCCUGCGCGCAGAGGGCGGGCUGUGGCUGCGGGUGGAGCCGCUGAGCACUGGCACAAAGUAACCCUACACCUGGCCUGGGACCACCCUACCCACCCAACUACCUCUGCGGAUCCCAGAAUAAACAGAGCUGUCACCCA